CUGUUGCCUGAAUCUAAGCUCUCACUGUGUGAACGCGAGUCGGCCGGCGAACGCAGUCAGCGAGGAAGGGAAAGAGUGUGAGGUGCAGAGUCUGGGCUUGUGUGAGUGUGUGUGUUUGUGUGUGUGUGUGUGUGUGUGUGUGAGUGCGUGUGUGUGCGUGUGAGACACCAGACAGCCGGUGCAGUGUUUUUAAAGGGAACGGUACAUCUGCUCCUCUGCCUCUCUACUUUGGACUGAACCACUAACCAGGACUCACCCUUUGGACUAUCCCAGCUCUACUGGCCUCUCAAGGGAACACCUGCGCGUGCGUGCAGGUGUGUGCGCUGUGUGUGUGUGUGCGUUUGCGUGUGAGCGGAGGCAGCGGACUUUGCCCCCGGUGAACAGUGGAUGACUUCAGUGGACGCUUGAAGAGGGGGACUGCUGACCAUGGACUCCCCUCACUAGUGGACGGGGUCGGUGAGGAGGAGCGCCUUCCGGUCAUCAUGUGCACGCGGCCCGCUCCUGACCUUGUCCCUGAGUGCCAGCUGUUCCCGGGGGAGGUGGGGGGUCCUGAGGAGGAGGCGGCAGACGAGGGCAGGGAGAGGGAGUCGGACAGAGACAGUGCUGUGGAAAGCACCCAGGGUUCGGACACCUCCGACGGGCCGGUCAGACCUGAGGACAAGGAAGACGCACUGGGGCAUCUCUUUUUUCCUGGGGAGAAGUGUGGUCAGACCAGCGUCUCGGUGACCUCUGACCUGUCCUCGGCGUCGCUGAACGAGGAGCAGUUCGAGGACUACGGCCAAGGGGAGGAGCCGGACUACGCUGCAAGCAGCCCGUGCCCGGACGACGAGACUCGAGCGAACGGCUGCUCCGACCUCGGCUCGUCCGUUCCCUCCAGUGCGGGGCAGACUCCUCGUAAGGUGCGUCAGCAUUACAGCGGUGAACUGAUGGACGUCUACUGCUCUCAGUGUAGCAAAAAGGUCAACCUGCUGAACGACCUGGAGGUUCGCCUGAAAAACCUCAAGACUAACAGCCCCAACAGGAAAAUCACCAGCACUGCCUUUGGAAGGCAGCUGCUUCACAACAGCAACUUGAGCAGCAGUAACGGCAGCACUGAGGACCUUUUCCGAGACAGCAUCGACUCCUGUGACAUCGACAUCCAUGAGAAGGUGACUUCUCUGGAGAAGAAGGUAGCCGAACUGGAGAAGGAAAUCCUGAUGAACGUAGAUGUCAAGUCCAGGCUGAAGCAGGAGAACACGCAGAUCGUCCACAGGGUUCAUGAGCUUGAGGAGCAGCUGAAAGACCAGGAGACGCGAGCGGAACAAAGUCUGCAGGAGGGGCUGAGACGACACCGAGAGUCCUACGGCAAGAUGGAGAGAGACAAGAGCACGCAGAUAGAGCUGCUGACCAGCCGGGUGAAGCAGGUGGAGGAGGAGAACAGCGAGAUGAGUCUGAGCUUGAGUCGGCUCAAAUCACAGACAGAGAAACUGGAUGAGGAGAAGCAGAGGAUGACCGACAAGCUGGAGGACACCAGUCUGCGCCUGAGGGACGAGAUGGACCUCUACAAGAAAAUGAUGGACAAACUGAGGCAGAACAGGCAGCAGUUCCAAAAAGAAAAGGAGGCCAUGCAGGAGCUCAUCGAGGACCUGCGUCGAGAGCUGGAGCAUUUGCAGCUCUUCAAGCUGGAGGCAGAGAGGACCGGCCGCACGCGCAGCUCUUCCUCCGGGCUGGCGGACUUCAACAGCAGGACCAGGGAGGUGGAGCUGGAGCACGAGGUCAAGAGGCUCAAGCAGCGAUUUGUGUCCCAGGACUUUCUCCCCCACGACCUCCAGCACCUGGUGUUGUCUGGGGCUCGGCUCCGUCCUGGUCUGAUGGAGAACCAGAAGCUGAGGGAGCAGAACGACGAGCUCAACGGUCAGAUCCUCAGCCUCAGUCUGUAUGAAGCCAAGACGCUGUUCGCCACGCAAACCAAGGCCCAGUCCCUCGCCGCUGAGAUAGAGACCGCCUCCAGAGAUCAGUUAAUGGAGGCCCUGAAGGAGCAGGAGGAAAUCAACAUACGCCUGCGACAGUACAUGGACAAAAUCAUCCUGUCCAUCCUGGACCACAACCCUUCCAUCCUGGAGAUCAAGGGCGAAUAGGAGUGACUCCACUGGAAUGAGAACCGUUCCAGGUCUCGUUUGGGGCGGGGGAUGGGGGUGGGGUGUCAUUCCAGUCGUUUGAACAGAACCUGCGUCAGAAGCCUGUAGAGGAGAGCAGAGGAAAACAGAGCCCGUCCGACCGGCUGGAGCGCCUAGAUGAACCUGCGGCGCCACCUGCUGUUGGUGGCGGGAAGAGAGCCCGUGGAAUGGGACCGCUGCACUGAACUGAAGGGAGCUUCAUUUGUGUUUUUGCUCCCUGACUGCAGGUCAGAGUCUUCUACACCUGCUCUGUUUCUACCCGCCGUCUAUUAUCUAAGCUGUAGUUACUGUCAACGACAAAGUGGAAUAUCCUGCACUAAAGACGCUGAAAUGCACUGGACACAUGCACCCUGCCAUAGCCACUGGAACAACGUGACACACAUGUUUGCUGGUGCAAUGAUCACUCUAACCAUCCACAGGAGCACCGUUUCAUAUGAUGAUUUAAAAAAAUGGAGUGAACCCAGUCCCGGUCUGUGAACUGCUCAUCUUUUCCUCCCUGUCACGUGGGCGUUCUGUAAGUUUAAAGAGAGGAUAGAGGAAAGAGGGAACGGUGGUCAGAGAGAGAAAACAAUAAGGCCCCCUGAGCCUGCAACAGAGCACAGUGUGUCGGGGGGGCGUGCAAGCGAAGGAGCGUUUAAGUAAAGUCGUCGAUGGUUAAUUGAAGGUGAUUUCGUCUCAGUUGUUUCGUGAGAACAUGUCUUCCAGUGAGCUUGCAGUGUCAAUCAGCCCUUGGCCGGUCCGGAUCAAACGAGCGUCACUUUCAGGAGCGGAAGCUGCGACCGAGCGUGCGUCUUUAAACUGUCACUUCCAUGACUGCUAAGUUGCCAGCGAUGCAUCGGUUUGGGGUAAAAAUAAAUAGAGUAUAUCGUUGCUAGCGAUACACCCCAUUGAUGUUGCGUAGAAAUGUAAGGAGAUGAAUGUACAGGGUGUGGGGACCGGGUCACCAAAUCAACUCUCUACGCUCAGUGAAAUCAACUCAGAUAUAUUGUACGUGAGCAGCACAGGAGACUCACUUUUUGGUACAAAAAAAGAGAUAAAAAUGGAAUUGGUAAUCUCAUUCAGUGUUUCCCCGACGGGGAUUGGGGGGGGUAGUUGGAGAACCGUGCAUUUUUUUUUAAUAAUCCCAGACUUUUGUAGGGGGGGCGGGGCCUACUCUAAUAUAAUUGUAGAGGAAACACUGUCAUUGAAGCCUACAGGUUGCAAGUUUUUUUUUCUGGAAACUCUUGAUACUGUAAAUAUAACGAAUGUACAACUGGAUAUUUCACUCUUCCCAUAAGGCCCUAAAUAGCCUUUUGACCUUGAGUCGCUGUAAUUGUUGUCGGUGUAACACUCACGUUGGUACUGUAACAGAGGGCAUUGUUUAGGGGACGGGAAACAAUUACAAUCUGCUGUAUUAUGCAGUUAUUUCAAAACAAAGUUUUGCUUCCUUGCACAAAAGAAAAAACAAGGUUGUUUCCUUUUGCAUGGCUCACCUUUUCUUCUGUCUGUGCCUUCUUUGAGGACAUUUUUCGAGACGACAUCGCUUUAGAUUCACAUAGUUUCUUCCGACGGUACGUUCUAUGUCUACGUCUGACAUGUCCUUGACUUGUAAAUGUUGUAAUUAUAUAGUGAUACUUUGUAUUCAUGUGCCACUCACCGCUCUUUUUUCAGAUUGAUACACUAUAAACUAUUUUCUACAGUUUCAUUGAGAAGGUAACUGGCGUGUUGCUUUUGGCUUUCUUUUUAGAAAAGCAGUACGCAGGCCUGGUUAGCAUUUUGGGAAUAUUUUGUCAACGUGAUGAUUUUUUAUGAUGUCGGGGACGUCAUAUUUCAGUUUACAGUUCUUUGGUAGCCCCUAGUAAGUUCACUGCUUUUCAAUCUGCUUAAAAACGGCUGUAAACUGUCUUCCUAACGUAAAGAUAAUGGUGAGCAUUAUGAGCAGUAGUAACGUAUUUGCCAAUAACUGCUGAUUUGUGUCUUGGGUUGCUUCACAAAUCUUUUUACUUUGCAGCUACUUGUACCAUUCUAGAUUUUGCAAAAAAGGAUAAACUUCACACAAAUCCAUUUCAUGCAGCUCUCACAUUUGGAAUUAUCAGGGCUAUCUAAUGCGAUGUAUUCAUUAUAAACAGCAAUAAAAUGAAUUUUCCAGUGA